AAUUGACUUUGGGUUUAGGGAAAUCCCAUAGUUUACCUUCACCUUCAUCCGAAAUGUCGGACACGUGUAAAGGCAUGAUGAAUGAUGCCAUCAAACCUUUGGCUUGGUUACUUGGACGAUGGCAGGCAGAGAAAGGACAAGGGGUAUACCCAACCAUUUCUGAUUUCAAGUAUGGCGAGGAAGUUGAAUUCUUUCAUGUUGGUCAACCAAAUGUCCAGUUCAGCUUCUAUUCCUGGAAUCCUGAGACCAAAAGACCAAUGCAUCGAGAAAUUGGAUUCAUCCGCAUAAAACCUGGUACCAACAAAGUUGCCCUGAUGUGUGCACACAACUUUGGAGUCUCUGAAGUUCAGGAAGGAGAGGUCACAGAGAACAGGCUACAAGCAGAGACAGUAGGGAUAACACGAAUGAGUUUUGCCAAGGACCCUGAAACAAAGAAGGUAUCAAGAAUAUUUUGUCGCACAGAUGAUGAGUUGGAACAAGUGGUGUCAAUGGAAACCUCAAAUACCCCAAUGACUGAGCAUCUUCGAAUAAAAUAUAAGAAGGUCCAAUAAGCUGCAAAACUAAUUGACAGCACAAAUGGCAUUGGAUAAACAGACUGACAGAUUGCUAGAAAUGGAUACAUAUAGAUUUGAAGUGUUUAUUAAUAUAUGACAAUUAUAAAGUUUUAUUAUAUGACUAACUAGUGAUGAAAUCACACCAUUUCAGUCUUUAAAAGUGACCAAAUUAUCAAACUUUACCUAUUUUCUUGCCAAAUCUUUGUUUUGUGUACAAUAUAUUUUGCUACUAUAAGAUGGUUGUAUCAAAUUUCUUUGUAAUCACUUUCUACAUGAUUUCAAACAUGCAGAGAAAAAUGUAUUGUUUGUUAAAAUAUAUUUUUUUCAUAACUUAUUUUUCAUGUAUUCUUUUUUCAUUUUUCUACGAGUAGUAAAAGAUUAUAUUGUGCAAUAUUUUUACUCUUGGAUUAGUUUGCUGUGAUGUUCACAGCCGUACAACACUCUUCAAGUAUUUUUGUUGCUUCCUUUGCUGAUGUUGGGUCUUACAUGGGAUGGGGAAGAGAUGAGGAGGUGCAAGUUAUCAGAAAAAAAUCUACCAUCUUAACUGAAACCGUUCAAUAAUUUUUAAAAAUAUUUCUUGUACCCUUAAA